AUGUGCCACCGCCGAUCAACGAGACGGGCCACGACGACUCGACGCCUGUCUCCACAAGUGCAAGAUGUGGACGCUUGGGCCGAUCGCGCCUCUUCCCCCGAAACCUGCUUGGGUGUAUGGUCUGGGCUUUACUCGUUCGUGGUCGCCCGUGUGGGAUCCGUGGAUGCACUAGAUACAAGCUGGGUCUUGGCAGCCGAUAAGCGCACAAGGAUUAGCAUUGCUUCCGUGGCUCAGGCCUCGAUAGAGAAGGAGAAGGAGGAAGAGGAAGCACCUUUCCGGAGCUCUAUUAAUAUGUCGCACAUGGUCAGACGAGCUUCUGCGAUGCUCACCACCGGUCUUGGCGCUGCCCAGAGCCAACUAUUGACCGUCGUCGUCAUUGUUGGUGAUGCGGAAAUGGAUUUAAUCUGCCGGCUAAUAAAUCUGUUUCCUAGCGCGCCCUUUAAGCUGUCUGGGUCUACUCCGUACUACUAG